AUGCCCCCUAGUUUAAACGAAACCCAUGUCAGGCUGAUUCCUAAAAUCCAAGGUGCAAAGAAAGUUGAAGAGUACAGACCUAUUGCCUUGUGUAAUGUAUACUACAAGGUGAUCUCGAAGCUCCUAUCACUGCGCUUGAAACCAAUCCUUAAGGAGAUCAUCUCAGAGAACAAGUCUGCGUUUAUCCAUGGUAGAGCAAUAACAGACAAUGUGUUAAUUACACAUGAAGUGCUGCAGUACCUGAAAACCUCACAAGCAAAGAAGCAAUGUUCAAUGGCAGUUAAAAUGGACAUGUCUAAAGCCUAUGACCGUGUUGAGUGGGAUUUCAUAGCACAAGUAAUGUCGAGGCAAGCCGAACUCGAUGGAUCUAUGAAAGGAAUUCGUGUGGCCAGAGGUAGCCCUCGUGUCAAUCAUCUGCUCUUCGCAGAUGAUACUAUGAUGUUCUGCAAUUCUUCACAGGAGAGCUGCCUCGCCCUAAUCCAAAUCCUACAUAAUUACGAAAAGGUCUCAGGUCAGAAGGUCAACAUCUCCAAGUCUUCAAUCACUUUCUCAGUCAAAACACCACAAGAGAAAAAAGACUCAGCAAAAAGCAUCUUAGGCAUUGAGAAAGAAGGAGGAGCAUGCAAGUACUUAGGCAAGCUCACUAUGCUCAAAGCUGUCCUCACGGCUAUUCCCACCUACCCCAUCUCAUGCUUCCAACUUCCUGUAAGCCUCUGCAAAAGAAUUCAAUCUACUCUUACUCGCUUCUUGUGGGAUAACUCAACAUACAAGAAAAAAUGUGUUGGGUGGCCUGGGAUAAGCCAACCAAGCCCAAAGCUUCAAGGGGAAUCGGACUACGAGAUAUUCAACUAUCCAGUCAAGCCCUACUGGCUCAAGGACCUUCUUAAGGAGAACCUGGGAAAAGCCAUCGGAAAUGGUCAUAAUACACGUAUCUGGAAAGACUCAUGGAUCUCUCUCCAUGAAUUCACAAAGCCUAUGGGGCCAAUUCAUGAGUCUGCACUCGAUCUAAGGGUCUCGGACCUUCUCACUGAUGACCUCCAAUGGAACAAGAUAAGAAUUCAACAGUUCCUACAUGAGUUCAGCUCGCAGAUCCAAUGCAUUAAACCAAGUAAGGUAAGGGCAGAAGAUGUCUUUGUCUGGCUCCCCCUUGAUACGGGAAUUUACUCUACCAAGUCAUGGUACAACACGCAAGCGAAACAGUGCUUGUCUCCGAGCCGUCCUCUUGCAGCGCCCACUCUCUCCCAACCAAACCUGGAAUUCAUUUGGAUAAAGGAUGUGUGGUGA